CGUCGGAUAGUCAACGCGUCCCCCCUAGCUGUCCCGCCCGUCUCCUCGAGCCUUCUGUACCACAACCCUUCCAUAGAUCCAUGGGUUGCCGCCGCUUUCUCUUUCUCUUCAAGCGCAUCCCUCCCUCCCCUCCCCUCCCCAAGCCCAGCCGUCGGCGUAUAUAAAGAGGGACGACGGCGUACUUCGCAGCAUUUUCGUUGCAUAUUGUGAAACUAGUCUUGUCAACUUCCAUCAGUGCGUAGUAUUGCGCGAUACCCUUCAACCUUAGUCGCCAUCAUGCAAGGCAUUGAGAAACUUCGUCAGCUUGUGGAGACAGUCUUUCGCAAGCCAUCAUCCGCCCCGGAUGGCCUAACGGACGCCGAGGCUGCGGGGCCAACGGUCGAGAAAAAGAAAACCGGUGCCCUACAUGAUAUCAUUCACCUUGGACCGAAAGGGGAUUAUACCCUCGGGCAACUCAUCGCGGCCUUCACCAGUGGGGAGCCGAUGAACGAUCGCGAUUUGCUUUUGGAGCAUAUUCUCAUCAUGCUACAAAAGCUUCCCCCGAGUUCCGGCCUGAACGAACAGAUUAGUGGGUCCUUGAUCGGAAUGCUCUGGAAUGAUCUGCCGCAUCCCGCCGCCACCACGGUUUCUGCGACUGACAAGUAUCACAGCGCGGAUGGGUCCGGAAACAACAUCUGGACUCCUGAACUCGGCAAGGCUGGCUCCGCGUAUGCACGCAGUGUGCAGCCUUGCAAGCCCAAAUCGCCUUCCCUCCCCGAUCCCGAACUUGUCUUUGAUCAGCUUCUGAGGAGGAGAGGACCGUUUAGGGAGCACCCUUCUGGGCUCAAUCGCCUGUUCUUCUCAUUCGCGACCAUCGUGAUUCACGAACUAUUUCAAAGCAACACGCAUGAACCGUGGAAAAACAACACUUCUAGCUACGUCGACCUGAGUACCCUCUACGGGAACAAUGCGGAAGAGCAGAAACGCGUGCGCACGUAUGAGAACGGGCGGAUCUUCCCAGAUACUAUCGCCAGUGAUAGGUUGAUCCAAAUGCCUCCUGGCGUCGUGGCGAUCCUCAUCAUGUUCUCUCGAAACCACAAUCACAUCGCCAGUCGCCUUUACCAAAUCAACGAACUUGAGAAGUACAAGCCCUGGGAGACAUUAGACGAAGACAAACAAAAGUGGCAAGACAACGACAUCUUCCAGAUUGCCCGCAACAUCAACAUUGGGUUCUUUGCGAAUGUGGUGCUCAGGGACUAUGUGUCCGCGAUUCUCAACACGCUCCGUCAGGACACUGAUUGGUAUCUCCCGCUCGGCGCUGAGUUCAAGAUUGGGCUGGGCGGCAAGCGCCUCGCCCGAGGAUCGGGGAAUGUAGUGUCGGUCGAAUUUGCCGUACUCUACCAUUGGCACGCAGCGCUCUCUGCCGCCGACGCCAAGUGGAUUGAUGAGACUUUCAGGAAGGACUUUGGCGUUCAAAACGCGGACGAGAUUACUCCGGGGCAGUUCUACAAAGCAGCUGGGGAAAUUGCCAAAAAGCUUAACCAAACACCGGCCAAGGAAUGGACCUUCGGGGGCUUGGAGCGUAACAAAGAUGGCCGUUUCAACGAUGAAGAGCUGGUCAAUCUGAUCAAGGAUUGUACGGAAAGCCCAGCUCAUGCUCUUGGCGCCAGAGGUGUCCCGUCUGCGCUCAAGAUCGUCGAGAUCAUGUCGCAACUGCAAGCGAGGAACGUAUUCAACGUUUGCACGCUGAACGAGUUUAGGAAGUAUCUCAACCUCACUCAGUACAAGUCCUUCCAAGAGUGGAACCCAGAUACGGACGUCGCGGCAGCAGCUGAAGCCUUGUACGGCCACAUUGAUAACUUGGAGUUAUACCCAGGGCUCGCUGCUGAAGAGACCAAGCCUUUCAUGGGCGGGAGUGGUCUUUGCCCUGGACAAACAACAGGAAGGGGUAUUUUGGAUGAUGCUAUCGCACUUAUUCGAGGCGAUAGGUUUCUCACCUACGACUGGAACACGACAACGCUCACUAAUUGGGGUCUGGCCCAGGUCACUUCCACCCCCGGAGGGUUCGGAGGGCUUCUCGGCACUCUGCUCUUCACCGCGUUCCCAGAAGGUUUCACGGGCACGUCUACCUAUGCGUUGUUGCCCUUCUACACGCCCAAGGCGAUCAAAAAGAUCCUGGAGGAUAACAAAGUGCUCGAGCAGUACGACACGACGAGGACUUCCAGCAAUAUUCGUAUCGUCGGCAUCCACUCGUAUGAGGGCUGCAAGAAAGCAUUUGAUGAUCGGGCAACGUUCGCGACCAUGUACAACAAGGCCAUCCCUACUGUCAGCGACGGCAAACAGUUUCUUAUCGGAUGGGACAACCAGCAACAGCACGAUGUUCGCUCCAAGAUCCUUCACAGUGCGUUCUACUACCCUGAAUUCGAAGAUGAUCUUAUCAGAUUCUACAAGCAGACCAUUCCCGUCUUGAUCAAGAAAAAAACUUUAGCGUUCGCCAACAGCACGAGGCGCCAAAUUGACAUUGUCAGGGAUGUCUGCAACACAGCGCCGAUCCUCUGGUUGGCUCAGAAAUUCGCCAUCCCCAUCAAGGAUGACGAGCACCCCAAGGGGUUGCUGGCAACUCCGGAGCUGUUUGGCAUCCUGUUGGUCCUCUUCGUGUACUGCUCGUUCAACAUCUUGCCCAAAUCCGAGUGGACCCUCCGCGCCAAAGCGAUCGAAAUGUCAUCCCUCCUUCGCGCCAUCCUCAAAGCCCGUGUGCAGACCAACACGGGCGGUAUUACCGAGAAAGCGGUCGACUGGUUGACGCAAGGGACCGCCUAUGAGGUGUCUCCGGAAGCGACCAAGAUGUACAACGGGCUCAACAAGUCCGGCUUGUCCUCGGCGGACAUCGUAGGCGACUGCAUCGGAAUGAUGGUGCCGAUUGCGGGUAACGUCACGCAGCAAGCAACUUUGCUGGUGGACUUGUUCCUCAGCGACGGCUACGAGCAAUACAAAAAGCGCAUCGUCGAGCUCGCCCACCGUGACGACAAAGAGUCCGACGAGGAGAUGAUUGGAUGGGUCUUGGAGGGCAUGCGUCACUCGGGCACCGUGCCUGGCUUGCCCCGCGUGUGUACGAAGGACACGAAGUUCCAGGAUGGAGAUAAGGUGGUGGAGAUCAAAAAGGGUGAGAAGGUGUUGAUCGCCAUAUCUAAGGCGUCGAUGGACCCUAAGGGCUUCCCCAACCCGGAGAAGCUUGAUCCCAAGCGUCCCCGUCACUCUUACCUCUUGCUGGGAUGGGGCUUGCACUUCUGCUGUGAGUAUGCCUCCCCUUAAUGACUUCAUCUAUGUUCCGGAACGCUGAUCCAUCCCCGUUUUUUCCCUUCAGUCGGCGCCCGUCUCGUUACCGCGACCCUCUCUACCAUGAUGAAGGAGGUAUGUAUUCAUUGACCACAGUGCAUCACGCCCCGG